UAGCUGGGUUUAGCCCGAAAAGGCAACGUGGGGGGGUCACGUGGGUCUCAACUUCUUGAAUAGCGUAAAUAAGUCAUUUUCUGAACUUUGAUAUGAGCUGAUAUCGUUCCCAGUUUGUCCUUGUUCUUCUUUAUCAGUUCAGUGUUUUAUUGUUUUAUAGCCCCUUACACUCCCUUUUCUCAGGCCUGGAGUCUGCUGUACGGUCCAAAGCUCAGUGCUGUGUUUGUUCACCACGCUGUUCUGUACUGUAUGUGUGUUCAGCUCCCCGAAGCCUACGUUCUUCUGAGUGCUCUCUUCUAGUCUUCGCCACCUGUGCUUUGUCACUGGAAGCUUCCUGGACUCCACCUGGUCUCCAAAUACUACUAAUUCUGCUCAUCAAACAUGCAACGUAAGCAGAGAUGGUGUCGAUAAGAGGAACUUGAAAUUACUGAAAGCACCUGACCACGGAGGGACAUACGGUCUCCUUUCACCAGUGGGACCAGCCUCAAAGUUGCUGUCUACCACCAUUGUUUCACUGUCAUUUCCUUCUUUGGAGGAAGAGACACACCGCAACUUACCAAGGUUUGUUGAAACUAUGAUGGACGCAUAGCAUAAAAGAUGGACUCAGUAAUGUCAUUCUUUGGUCUGGACUGUACAAAAAAGAAAGAGAAAGAGGAAGAGAGGCACCUGCGAGCUAAUGAUAGAGAGCUUAAUCUUUCCUACAAAUAUGCCACCAAUGCUAUAAAAACCUCUAAAUACAACCUGUUUACCUUUCUGCCGCUGAACCUCUUUGAGCAGUUCCAGAGGAUAGCCAACGCAUACUUCCUCUUCCUACUCAUCCUCCAGGUGAUCCCUGCUAUCUCAUCUCUUUCUUGGUUCACCACGGUGGUGCCACUGGUCCUUGUGUUGUUGGUGACAGCAGUCAAAGAUGCCAGUGAUGACUUUAACCGACGUAAAACUGACAGACAAGUCAACAAUCGAAGGGUCAGCGUCCUUGUCAGUGGAGAACUCAGGAGUGAAAAAUGGAUGGAUGUCCAAGUGGGAGACAUAAUUAAACUAGAGAACAACAAGUUUGUAGCGGCAGACCUACUGUUGCUCUCCAGCAGUGAACCCUUGAAUCUGGUCUACAUUGAGACUGCUGAGCUGGAUGGGGAGACCAAUUUGAAGGUGAAGCAGGCCCUCACAGUUACAGGAGAGAUGGGAGACUGCAUUGAGAAGCUGGCGGCUUUCAAUGGAGAGGUGCACUGUGAGCCCCCAAACAACCGCUUAGACAAGUUCACGGGGACGCUGACCUUCCGGGAUCAGAAGUACGCCCUAGAUAAUGAGAGGAUUCUUCUCCGUGGCUGUACAUUGAGGAAUACAGAGUGGUGCUUUGGCUUAGUUAUCUUUGCAGGUCCUGAAACUAAAUUGAUGCAGAACUGUGGGAAGACAACGUUCAAGCGAACAAGCAUUGACCACCUCAUGAAUGUGCUGGUGCUUUUUAUCUUUGGUUUCCUGGCCUUCAUGUGCACUGUUCUGGCCAUUGGCAAUGGGAUCUGGGAGUUCCAGGAGGGGUCUGUGUUCACUGCCUUCCUCCCCCGGCCGGACGGAGUGGAUGCGUCAUUUUCUGCUUUCCUUACCUUCUGGUCCUACGUCAUCAUCCUCAACACCGUGGUACCCAUCUCCCUCUAUGUCAGUGUGGAGAUCAUUCGGUUGGGUAACAGCUUCUACAUUGACUGGGACCGCAAGAUGUAUUACCCUCGUAGUGACACCCCAGCUGAGGCACGUACAACAACCCUAAAUGAGGAGCUUGGCCAGAUCAAGUACGUCUUCUCAGACAAGACAGGAACCCUCACCCAAAACAUCAUGACCUUCAACAAGUGCUCAAUCAGUGGGAAGUCCUAUGGUGAUGUGUUCAAUUUUGCUGGCCAGAGACUUGAGAUCACUGAGAAAACAGAGAAAGUUGACUUCUCUUACAACCCCCUGGCCGACCCCAAGUUCUCCUUCCAUGACCACAGUUUGGUGGAGGCCGUCAAGCUUGAAGCCCCAGAAGUGCACAACUUCUUCCGUCUGCUGGCCCUGUGCCACACAGUCAUGGCUGAGGAGAAAGAGGAAGGUAACCUGCUGUACCAGGCUCAGUCACCUGAUGAAGGUGCACUGGUCACUGCUGCCCGCAACUUCGGCUUUGUGUUCCGGUCCCGGACCCCAGAAACCAUUACCAUUGUAGAAAUGGGCGUCCAGAAGAGUUAUGAGCUCUUGGCUAUCUUAGAUUUCAACAAUGUCCGCAAAAGGAUGUCUGUAAUUGUGCAGAGCCCCGAGGGAAAGCUGUCCUUGUACUGUAAGGGUGCCGAUACCAUAGUGUACGAAAGACUGCACCCAUCCUGCAGUAAGCUGAUGGAUGUCACCACAGAGCAUCUCAACGAGUUUGCUGGAGAGGGGCUCCGCACAUUGGUGUUGGCCCACAAGAACCUGGAUGAAGACUACUUUCGGGAGUGGAGUACCCGACACCACAUGGCCAGUACCACCCUGGAAGACCGAGAAGAGAGGCUGGACGAGCUGUACGAGGAAAUAGAGAAAGAUCUACUGCUGUUAGGAGCCACAGCUAUUGAAGACAAGCUGCAGGAUGGAGUACCCCAGACCAUUGAACAGCUUUCCAAGGCUAACAUCAAGAUAUGGGUGCUUACUGGUGACAAACAGGAGACAGCAGAGAACAUUGGAUACUCCUGCAACAUGUUGCGGGAGGAGAUGACAGAUGUGUUCAUCAUCUCUGCAGAUACGCCACAGGAAGUGCAUGAAGAACUUCGAAAUGCAAGAAAGAAAAUGAAGCCUGAAUCAGAAGAUGAGCCUACAAUCAUCCAGAGGGGAAUUCUGGAUAAAAAGUCCAAGAUGCUGCCUGAUGAAACGGUGGAUGGAGAGUAUGGUUUAGUGAUAAAUGGACAUAGUUUGGCCUAUGCCCUGGACAAGAGCCUGGAACAAGAGCUGCUGCGAACAGCCUGCAUGUGCAAGACAGUUAUCUGUUGCCGGGUCACACCUCUGCAGAAAGCCCAGGUGGUGGAGUUGGUCAAGAAGUAUAAGCAAGCAGUAACUCUGGCAAUUGGAGAUGGUGCCAAUGAUGUCAGCAUGAUCAAGGCGGCCCACAUUGGCGUGGGCAUCAGUGGGCAGGAGGGCAUGCAGGCCGUGCUGUCCAGUGACUUCUCGUUCGCCCAGUUCCGCUACCUGCAGCGCCUCUUACUGGUGCACGGCCGCUGGUCCUAUCUGCGAAUGUGCAAGUUCCUGAGAUACUUCUUUUACAAGAAUUUCACCUUCACAUUUGUCCACUUUUGGUAUGCCUUCUUCUGUGGCUUUUCUGCCCAGACAGUGUAUGAUGAAUGGUUCAUCACCGUGUACAAUCUGGUGUACACCGCCCUCCCUGUGUUGGGCAUGAGUCUCUUUGACCAGGAUGUGAAUGACCGCUGGAGCGUCCAGUUCCCCCAGCUCUACUCCCCUGGGCAGCUCAACAAGUACUUCAGCAAGACAGCCUUUUUCAAAUGUGUUCUGCACAGCUGCUACAGCUCCCUGGUGCUCUUCUUCAUCCCUUAUGCUGCCAUGUAUGACACAGUGCGUGAUGAUGGCAGGGACAUUGCAGACUACCAGUCGUUUGCCUUGCUCGCCCAGACCUGUCUCCUCAUUACUGUUUGUGUUCAGCUGGGGCUAGACACAUCCUACUGGACAGCAGUAAACCAGUUCUUCCUCUGGGGAAGCUUGGCAGUCUACUUUGCCAUUACCUUCACUAUGUACAGCAACGGCAUGUACCUCAUCUUCACAGCCUCUUUUCCUUUCAUCGGAACUGCCAGAAACUCAUUAAACCAGCCCAAUGUGUGGCUCACCAUUCUGCUGACGUCCAUCCUGUGUGUGCUACCUGUUGUGGCCUACCGAUUCCUGCUUAUCCAGCUGUGCCCUACCAUCAAUGAUAAGGUACGGUUCAAAGUGAGACAGGCCAAGGUUGCCCUUCCACCACCCUCCUUCCGCACUCGGCUCAGGCGCAGGAGUUCCCGUCGCUCAGGAUAUGCCUUCUCACAUGCCCAGGGCUACGGUGAUCUAGUCACUUCUGGGAAGUAUCUGCAGCGGGGUGCCAUCAGCCGUGGACGUGGAUUUAGCUCAUCGAUCCAGCAGCGCAGUGGAGCGCUACAGGAGAUGCCCCAGAUGUAUCGUGCUGUCAAGGAUGCUUCCCAAUGACUCCUUGUACUGCACCUUGACCACUGCUCUUUGACAAUUCUGUUUACAUCUAUAUUAGCAUUAGUGUUACUAAGACGUCAUUACUACAAGGUGUUCACCCACAAUUCUUUCUACCCAUCAAAUUGCAUCUUUCUUUUACUUUUCAUGGCAAUUUUUUCAAUCAGUAACAGCACCUCAUUUCAGCAGAACUGCUAAAUGAGUAUCAAGUUCAUUUUUGUUGAUUUAGUUCACUCUCUGCCAGAGAACUAACUGAGAAAUGCUGUUAGAAUGUCAUAUGCUCAAUACGUACAGUAUGUUCUUAGGUUUCCUCUGGGUGCUAUGAGCUCCUCCCAAAGUCUAAAGACAUUUGGAACUCCAGAUGAACUUGUUGCUCUAAAUUGCCAGUAGUUUGUACAUGAGUAAGUGAAUGAAAAUGUGUGUGUAAUUACCGUGCAGUAAUCUGGAGUCCCAUGUCUCAUGAUCUAAGCUUGUAGUAAAGGCUCAGAAACACUGUGACCCAUGCUUUGGACAAGCAGUUAUUGAUAAUACAUGGCUGGAUGAAUUUCCUCUUUUAAGGUUCCUUAAGACACACAAAAGAGAGUGAAAAACUGCAUUUUAAUACUUUCACAUAUUGUCCAUUUACAUAUAAUGUAAUCUAAUUGAUGGACUGGUGUCCCAUCCAGGGUGAAAAUCCCCUCAGCCUUGCUCCUUAGCCAGUGAUUCCUGGAUAGGUUCCGAUUCACCCAGGACAAACGUUUAUUGAAAUUAGAUAAAUGGGUCUAACUGAGAGAACAAGCGGGAUGGUAUUAUAAUGUUCGUUUUGAAUUUUAUUCAUACCAUUUUGUGAAUAACAUCUCAUGUCAUUUCAGAAAUUUUUCACCUGAGAAUUAGAAGCAAAGAGUUUACUUUGUGUGCAGAGGAUCCUAAUAUGUAAACCGUUGUUGUCUUUCCUAUGUAUCUAGAAGCAGAAAUAUGUACAAAUAAAAAAAACACU